AAAGCGCAGUAUGAGGUCAGCAUCUGGGCCUAGGGCAAUUGCUACAUUUGGGUGGUAGCAGUAUAAGGAGGAGGAGGGAAGAGGACUAACGUGUGUCAUCAGGAUUCCAGUUCAGGCCCUGGGUGUACUGAUAGGAAUACGACUCCAUUCUUGACUUUAGUACUGCAAGUACUGUCAUCGGGACAGAGGGUCGGGAGUAAAAGGUCCAUAACCAUUGGAUUUCACAGCCACGUGAUAAUGCUAGACUAUGUGACUUUUUCCAACCCUGUGUCCCUAGAACCAAGGACUCUGCCUACAAAUCUGCCGAAUGGAUAAAGGCAGUUGUUCUGGGGCAGAUAAGGCAACCAUAACGCAACACGCUGGGAGCUGUAAAAAGCUCCAGAAGGAGACACCAGUGGAGCUGUUCUGAAGGAUGAAUUUAAUCCCCAGCUGAAGGAGGCAUAAAAACAUUCCUCAAUUUCCCUUUUCCAAGAAAUCCACAUUCCUUGUUCUUUUUCCAAGCUGGAUGCGAAGAAGCACGCCUGCAUGGAGUGGGUUUAUCAGCAGAAUCAAGCAUCAUCAGAAGGGCCUGGGGGCCACGUGAGAAGUUCGCUGGAAAUAUGCAGUCUCACCUCUACUAUAACAGCCUAUGUCUACCUCUAAGUUAUAUGGAAGCUUUGCCUCUUUUGACCCCUUUUGUGAUACAAUUUUUUGCUGAAGCUAUGUUCCUUUUUUGGUUUUUCGAAACUACCCGAACAGAUGGUAUAGCAUAGGAGGUAGGAGCGAGGAUAAGGGCGACGAGUAGAAGACCACUGGAGUAUGCGGAUGGGUCCGGGAUGCAAGAGUAGUUGAUUUUCUUAGACUACAGUGUCUGGCCGAUGGGUAGGAUGCAAACAGCUAAGGUGUCAUCAGCUCAAGUACGGUGGUAGCUCACGUUAGCCACGCACCACCUUCUAAAGAUCCCGUUCCAACUUAUGGAUGUAAUAAGGUUCUCUGAGAUUCAGGGAGGAAAGCGUUAACCUCCACAAGGUUUCCGUCACCAAAAUGUCACAUCCCCUCCAGACUUCCGUGUCGUCCACUCUCGCGAGAGUAUGAAAAAAAAGUCCUGCAUUUUAUUAACCCGGCCCCCAGCCCGACAGUUGCCUAGCAACGAGGCAACCAACCUCCACAGCGUGAGGAAACUUGGGAGCUUGAGAUCUUCAGGCUUCGGUUUCUUCCACCUUCGCGAGCCAGCGUCAGCGAUUCGGACUUGAGCCCCGCCCCAGGGAGCCUGCGGGCGCCGGAUUGGCCGAUGAUUCUCUCCAGACGUCUACCGAGGAGCUGCCAUGUCUGGGAAUACGGCAUCUUCAUCAGAACAGAACAACAACAGCUAUGAAUCCAAGGCCUCCAAUCUUCGAAUGUCAGAGAAGAAAUGUUCGUGGGCAUCUUACAUGACCAACUCCCCAACUCUCAUCGUUAUGAUUGGCUUGCCAGCCCGAGGCAAAACCUAUGUAUCCAAGAAACUCACACGGUAUCUCAACUGGAUUGGGGUGCCCACCAAAGUGUUUAAUCUUGGGGUAUAUCGGCGUGAAGCAGUCAAGUCCUAUAAGUCCUACGACUUCUUCCGGCACGACAAUGAGGAGGCCAUGAAGAUCCGCAGACAGUGUGCUUUGGUGGCGCUGGAAGACGUGAAGGCAUAUCUCACUGAGGAGAGCGGACAGAUCGCGGUGUUUGAUGCCACCAAUACCACUAGGGAGAGAAGGGACAUGAUUUUGAGCUUUGCCAAGGAGAACUCCUUCAAGGUGUUCUUUGUGGAAUCUGUCUGCGAUGAUCCUGAUGUCAUUGCUGCCAACAUCCUGGAGGUAAAGGUGUCGAGCCCUGACUACCCUGAAAGGAACAGGGAGAAUGUGAUGGAGGACUUCCUAAAGAGAAUUGAGUGCUACAAAGUCACCUAUCAACCCCUUGACCCAGACAACUAUGACAAGGAUCUCUCUUUCAUCAAGGUGAUAAAUGUGGGCCAGCGCUUUUUAGUCAACAGAGUCCAGGACUACAUCCAGAGCAAGAUAGUCUACUACCUCAUGAAUAUCCACGUGCAGCCUCGCACCAUUUACCUUUGCCGGCAUGGAGAGAGCGAGUUCAACCUCUUGGGGAAGAUUGGGGGAGACUCUGGCCUUUCGGUGCGGGGAAAACAGUUUGCCCAGGCUCUAAGGAAGUUUCUGGAGGAUCAGGAGAUAGCAGACCUCAAAGUGUGGACAAGCCAGCUAAAGAGGACUAUCCAAACUGCUGAAUCCCUGGGUGUGACCUAUGAGCAGUGGAAGAUUCUAAAUGAGAUCGAUGCUGGCGUGUGUGAGGAGAUGACCUAUGCACAGAUUGAGAAGCAGUACCCAGACGAGUUUGCACUUCGAGAUCAAGAGAAAUACCUGUACCGGUACCCUGGUGGGGAGUCGUACCAGGACCUGGUGCAGCGGCUGGAGCCUGUCAUCAUGGAGCUGGAGCGUCAGGGCAACGUCCUCGUCAUCUCCCACCAGGCUGUCAUGCGCUGCCUGCUGGCCUACUUCUUGGAUAAGGGUGCAGAUGAGCUACCAUAUUUGAGGUGUCCCCUUCAUACCAUCUUCAAACUUACUCCUGUGGCCUACGGAUGUAAAGUGGAAACCAUUAAACUCAAUGUGGAGGCUGUGAACACGCACCGUGACAAGCCAACCAACAACUUCCCCAAGAACCAAACCCCUGUAAGGAUGAGAAGGAACAGCUUUACGCCUCUGUCCAGUUCGAAUACAAUAAGGCGUCCAAGAAAUUACAGUGUUGGGAGCCGGCCCCUCAAGCCCCUCAGCCCUCUCCGUGCCCUGGACACGCAAGAAGGGGCCGACCAGCCGAAGACCCAAGUCAGCAUUCCGGCAGAGACGGGGUUGGCUGUGCACAGGCACUCUUCGGCGUCCCUCACACCACUUUGCUGAUGAUGUAAAGGUUGAAGCCAGACCCCUCCAGGAUCUACUACAAGGCUGUUGAUGGCAGCCCUACGGGGGCUCUGUCAGGAAGUUAAGCUGGGAUUGGACAUUUGAGGCCACCAAAAUGAGGCCUGGAAAAAACAUUACAUUUCUUCCGCUCAUGCCUAAUGGGAAUAUGUGUUGCACGGGAAAACUUAAGUGCCCUGUGCCUCAAAAGAUCUAACAGCCCGACCCGAUCGGUUUGUAUGAUCUCUUUGCUGGGUGUGACCCCAGUUGGCCAGUCUUGUUCCUUUUCGGCUUUUAACUUCCUACCUGCGAUUGUAUCCCUGGCUGCCUGUUCUUUUCUGGAACGCAAAUGGCACCUCUUCAGACUUGUUUGCGAGUGAGAGGGCUGCACCACCACGAGCCUGUUCUGUGCUGUAAGAGCUGGUCUCUGCGUCUGUUCCAGCGAGCAGGCUAGAGGACCUUAUAUAUAUAUAUGUUAACUGUCCCUUUUCUGUCAUGUUGGAAAUGAGACAAAUUCAUCAGGUGAGUGGAGGGUAUCUGAGAAAUUCAGUCCCUGUAAUGUCUCUUCUGUGGUGGUGGAAGGGCAGUAUCAGCUGCCUUUUCACAGAAAGAAGUUUUUCCUUGUUCCAGGUCCUGUGAGGGCAGGAUCUGACUGCAAGACUCCCCAGAAUGGGUCCCUGUCUUCAAAGGACCGUUUUCCGAAGUAGCUACUGUAUUUCCUACCUGAUGCUGCGUCCCCUCACAGCAGCAGAGGGAGGCGUCAUUCUCCAGUGGUUGGGAAUGACGGUUGGAGAAAAAAGUAGGGCGCUAUUGACAGGACCUGAAGAAGUGAAGAGGGUUCCUUGGGAAUCAACUGUACCAGGGAGUUCUUGCUUCAAACCAGGUUCGGGGGGCAUGGCUUUCUGUGGGGUCUGUCACUAUGAUGUGGUCUCUAUGAAAGCUGUGGAUGUGGCUUCGAGAGCAGCUGGUCUUCUGAUGCCUGCCUCUUAGCUAAUUGUCUCUAGAGGGUCUCCUGGUCUUUAUGUAGAACACUGGGGCGGGGGGUGGGCAGGAGAGACCCCAGUCUUUGAGGUAUCUGUCAUUUGGCUUCCUGUAAAGAUAAGCCAGGUAAUUCUCUAGAUCAGUGUGAUUCUCUGUCAAUGUGAUUUUGAUGUCAAUACUCCAGUUGAGGGUAUAGAAACUCCAAAAGAUAAAUAUCUUACAAGCAAAAUUCUUUUUUUUUUUUUUUUUAAAGAAUAGAAAGUUUUUUAGCUUUUUAAAUAAUUUUUCCCUUUCAUGCAGAUACCCUGUAUCUUACUGGGCAAGAGGGUAAGUAACAAGAAAAGAAAGAAACGCGUUUUUUCCCCAAAUGGUUCUUUUAUACUGUGGAUGAUAUGGGGCUCCCUUACCUAGGAUGUGAUGAGCUGGGCUGCGGGCAGUUCAGCAUCCCAGAACCAGGAGCUUAUUUUAUACGCACAAAGCUGCCUUCAGAAAGGCUCCUGACUGCUCUGUAGCAGGGGAUUUUCAUCUGGCCUCUCUGAGCAUGCGGAACUAUCACUAUUUUGUUCUUGUACUGCGGGUUUCUUUCUGCAUCUAAACAUGGUGUCUGUUGAUGAUCAGAUAAUGUUUUUACUUAACUAUUUAUUCAUUCAUGUGUGAUAUUUUUAAGUCCCAUGUGAGUGCUUGCAUGUGUUUGAUCAGAAUGUAAGAUAAUUGGUGUUGUCUGUUUUUUGGUAGAAAUUGAGGUAGUUUGAGAUUUUAAAUGUGAUGUCCAUAGUAUUACCUUAAAUUAAAUUUCUAAGGUUUAGGUGUCUGUCUUCUGUAAAAGGAUGGCAACUAUGUUAAGGCACGGCGGAUUUCCUUUGAGUAGUUUUUUUCCUCAUUGAUUUAUAAGUAUCAACCAAGAGAUGCAUUUCUCUGGAGAGAAGUUUAUCUCCUGGAUAAAUAAAAUCAUGCUAAAAUAUGUCAGUAAUCUGUAUUUCUUUGUAAUAAGAAAUAUAAUAAAAGUUAUUUUUAAUUUAAA